GCAAAAAGCAGCUCACGCAACUGAACGGGGUAUAAAAUUUGGUAAAUGGGUCCUAGAGGAAUCUAUUCGGUAGCCCGCGUUUCUUCUAUUCAAUGGCUUCUAGAAGGCCCUCUUCAGGGGCCAUUUGGGAGCAUCAUCGAGUUCUGCUUGGUGCGCUGGAAUAUCACUUUAUCAAGUUCGUGCUAUUGCACUCCGCGCCGUUUGUAGCGAUCGGAUAUGCCGAUCAGAGGGCACUGACAACUUCCAAUUAUCCGGGUGGUGUUUGGAUGGAGCUGCCUUUGAACAUGCCAUGGGGUGCUUAGAUAUGCCUUUCUCGCUGACCAUAAUCAAAAUGGCUAGUUUUGGCAAGAAUCCCAAGAUUUAAUUAAGCAUAUCUCCGAUUUACUUAAGGGUUGCCAUUGCACAUCGCGCAAUCGUCUCAAGUAGGAGGAGGUAUUGUCUCAUCGGGUGGGAGAUAGUCUGUGAAAUUGAGGGCAUAUCCGUCCCAAAAUAGGCGUAGCAUUAGGUCGUCGUUCCCCAGCGGUGGCGGCCAGUCAGAAGUUUCUCGUA